UAAAGAUAUAAAAAUAAGAUUCUUGACUCAAAAAACUAGUUAUGGGAAAAGCUAGUAGGUGGUUCAAGAAUUUGUUAGUAGGAAACAAGAAAAAGGAAAAGGAGAUGAAGGACCACAAUGAAAUUAAUUCAGGUUUCAUGACACCUGACAAUACCAACAAAAAGGAGAAGAAAAGAUGGAGUUUUGCAAAACAAGGGAAGAAUGUGGAAGUUGAGGAACCAAAUAUUACUCCAAAUUCAUCUUCUGAUACUUCUUGGCUUAGAUCCUAUAUUGCUGAUACUGAUAAUCAGCAGAACAAACAUGCAAUUGCUGUUGCAGCUGCUACGGCGGCCGCUGCGGAUGCUGCUGUUGCCGCCGCUCAGGCUGCCGUGGCGGUUGUGAGACUGACUAGUCAUGGAAGAGGUACAUUGUUUAGUGGAAGUAGAGAGAAAUGGGGUGCUGUAAAGAUCCAAACUUUCUUCAGAGGCUAUUUGGCAAGGAAAGCUCUUAGAGCAUUGAAAGGAUUGGUUAAGAUUCAAGCUCUUGUUAGAGGCUAUCUAGUUAGAAAAAGAGCUGCUGCAACUCUUCACAGUAUGCAAGCUCUAUUCAGAGCUCAAACUUCUGUUAGAACACAAAGAGCUCGUCGUUCCAUGAGCAAAGAAAAUCGAUUCCUACCUGAAAAUCUUGCAAGAAAAUCUUUGGAACGAUUUGAUGAAACAAGGAGUGAGUUUCACAGCAAAAGGUUACCAACAUCAUUUGAAACAUCAAUGAAUGGAUAUGAUGAUCAAAGUCCAAAGAUUGUUGAAAUUGACACAUCAUACAAGACAAGAACAAAAUCUAGGAGAUUUACCUCAACAAUGUCUGAAUGUGGAGAAGAAUUACCACAUUGUCACACAAUUUCAUCAUCACCUCUUCCAGGUAGAAUCUCAAUUCCAGCUGAUUGUAGAAAUCAUCAUCAUCAACAACAACAAGACUUUGAUUGGUAUUUCAACAAUCUUGAAGACACUAGGUACCCUACGACACAUAACACACCGCGUUUCAAUCAUUCGUCUAUGCGUCCAAAUAUUGCUCCAAACACACCAUCAAAAAGUGUUUGUGGUGACACUUUCUUUAAACCUUAUUAUUACUCAAAUUUCCCUAAUUACAUGGCUAAUACUCAGUCAUUUAAGGCUAAAUUAAGGUCUCAUAGUGCUCCUAAACAAAGACCUGAAGUUAAGAAAAGGCUUUCACUCAAUGAAAUGAUGGCUGCAAGAAACAGUAUAAGUGGUGUUAGAAUGCAAAAGCCACCAUCUUCAAAUUUUCAGACACAACAUGAAGAAGAAUCUUGGAUUUCUUGAUAUUAUAAGUUAUACAGCUAUGGUUUGUCACAGUUGAAGAAAUUUGAGAGGAAACUACAACUUAUAAUGAUGUUAUAGUUGUUAGUUAGUGCUUUUGAAUUUGAUUUUUUUUUCUUCCUUUGAUUUGUGUUUGUGUACAUUCUUUUAAAGAGUUCUUUUUCUUUUCAAUCAUUCUCUUUCUUUUGUUAUUACCAAGUGGUUUACAUCUAGUAAAGAAUUUGGCUUGGUUUUUUCUCUUUAAGAAACAUAACUUUGUAGUUGUACUUAUAGUGCUUAUUGGCUUUUUCUUCUUUGGA